CUUUCAUUCUUCCUCUUCAGCACUGAUUUUCCUCUCCGGCUCUUCACUUCUCCUCCUCCGGCUCUUCACUUCUCCAUUUCCGGUGCUUCGCUUUGGCAUAGAUCACCACAUCUUCUUCAACACACCGUUGAUCAGGUAUGGAGGAAAGACGCAAUCGCCGUGACCGCCGUAAUUAUAUUUUACCGGGUCCAAACGAUCCAUCCUUGCUAUAUGCACAAGCCGAUCAUCGGUCUGAGGCUAUAUGGCAAGGAAGUAUGGAAGUUGGGGCAAUUGCUUGCAGAAGGACGGGAACAAUUUUACAUCUGGAUGACAUUCCGGAUCGAAUAAUACCUUACCUGCGACGAACUAGAUUUUAUGGGGUAAUACGGUUAGGAUAUUUUGCAUUGGAUUGGCAUCUAAUUAGUGCCCUGGUGGAGCGGUGGCGACCAGAGACCCAUACGUUUAUGUUUCCCGAAGGGGAAAUGACCAUUACCCUUCAGGAUGUAGGGUUAAUAACCGGGUUGCCGGUCGAUGGUGCAGCUGUUACAGGGCGUUCACGCCACCAUUGGCCAUCGUUGUGUGAGGCACUAUUAGGUGUCGUUCCACCUAAUAGUGCCCUAAGAGGUUGUUACUUGAAGAUGGUAUGGCUAGCUGAGGAGUUCAGUCAGCUUCCAGAUGACCCCGAUGAGGAAGUUGUGCAGAGGUUCGCACGCGCAUACAUCAUGAGGGCUAUUGGAUCUAUUUUUAGUGAUACAUCAGCUUCACGUGUGAACCUUAUGUUUUUACCUCUGCUAGCCGACUUGGAGGAAGCCGGCAAUUAUAGCUGGGGUGGUGCAUGUUUGGCAUGGCUGUACAGACAGUUAUGUAAGGCGACAAAUCCUGAAGUUGUGCAAAUGGCAGGUCCAUUGUUCAUUCUCCAGAUAUGGGCAUGGGACCGUAUCACAGCAGUUUCGCCGACACUGUCCGUACGAGUACCACAUCAUGAUGCUCCACUAGGCAGCAGGUGGAGUAAUGCCAGGCAGAUAACGGAGGUCAUCACCCACGUACUCGUUGAGCUGCGUUAUCAGCUAGAUCGUUUAUUACCUGAGCAGGUAAUUUGGGAGCCAUACAAUGAUGCCCUUAUUGAGUCGUUACCUGAAGAUUGUCGGCAAGGACGACAAAUUUGGAGAGCUGUAGUGCCAUUAGUAUGCUUUCAUAUUAUAGAGUGGCAUCAGCCUGAUCGGGUCAUGCGCCAGUUUGGUAUGCAGCAGCAUAUUCCCGCUGAACCACAACAAUCUGCUGCACUCCAUGAUGUUGACCUGCGUAAGAGCGACACAAACUGGGCUGAGGUGCACUCCCAUUGGAUUGCGCGCUGGAACACCCGAGAUAGACGAAUAAUUACUGCCCCGCCAGCAACAGGGCCACUCCAUUUUCAUUCAGAGUAUAUGGAGUGGUACCGUAGGGUGUCCAGACGCUGGAUUUCAGUUAAGGGAGCGGCAUUGGGAUCAGGGGAGGAUGGUCUGGAGCAUAUGCAAGCUAUGGCGACAAAUCCGACCACGGGGAGCAUGGCAUCUAUUUGCGACCUCCUACAGUCUGUAUCAUUCUGUAUGAUGGAAGAGAGGCGGCAAACACAGCUCCCAGCUCCACAUCCAGCACCUGCUCCACCACACAUCACUACUGACCCAGAUGACCCACCCAUUCCAGAUUCUGUUUCACGUGGAUGUCGGGGUAGAAACCGUGGUCAUGGCAGGGGUCGUAGAAGGGAUCAUCCAGAAACAGUAGAACGUGAUAGUGAUGUGCAUCCAGUGCCUCCCCCCAUACAGUAUCACCAGUCCCAAGCUGAAUACGAACAUGCACCGAGUUCCUCUAAUGUGCCACCCAUGUCUUCUCAGAUACCUUCAAUGUAUUAUCCUUCCCAGAGUCAGUUCAUGGGAUGGACGCCUGGGUCGAAUACGAUGCCUUCAUUCACUCCCGGUGCGUAUGGUGUACCAUUUACGCCGAUAGGAUCUAUGUUCCCUGCAUUUCCACCAGAGCCUGCGCAUGAUGCUUCUACCUCUAGGCCGUUUCACAUGUCAGGCGGCUCUACAGAGAAUGUGUUUGCAGGAUAUAAUCCUGGAUUAGGAUAUGGCCAGGCUGGUGUUGGUCAUUUUGGUCAGUCUGAUCCUUCUGGUUCAGUGGUGCAACAUCCAGAUGUCAGUGCGUCGACACAGGAGGAUCUGGAGCAUCAACAAUUCCUCGCACCGGGUCCAUGGCAAGGUCGAUUACGGGCUCCACAUGAGAGGAGACAUCGAGGGUGUGGGACUGGUGAUCAUGACUGACUGCGAGUUGAACAUGUGUAAAUGAAACAUCACCUCUAUGGCUGGCACUGGAGGAUGCUGCUACUUUGUUUAUUCCACAAAUUAAUUGGGUGGCAUUAAACCCAUAUUUCAGGGGAAACUCUGCCGGAUUUUUGGUAUAAGUGGCAAUGAUUUACAUUUCAACAGGUAAGCAUUAUUGAGGUACUUUUUAUUUUAACAUGCGUUGACUCGUUCAUUUGUUUUUCCUCGAUAGGUGCUUGGUGAUUACUCAUCAGAUGAUAGCCUUUUGAAGUUGUCAAUGAUUACAAAUGAUAGAAUGAGUUACGAAAAGACUGAAGUUGUCGGUCUAGCAGUGUAAUUUUAUGGUUCACAAUGGCAACUAUACAUCAGAUUCUCAUAAAAAAAAUUGAUGUAAUUAUUGUGUGGAUUUGUAAUUAUUGGUGCGAAUUUG